ACUGCCUUCGGACAAUUUUCUCUCCUCUAUUUAUCACAUCCAAUCUCGUUUAUUUAACAUCAAUUAUUCAAAUGAUCUUUAAGGAUUAAGGAUUAAUAUGACCAUGUGACUUUGAACAUCAGUUAUAAUUAUUAAACUAUCAACAUGUACAUCACUAUCAGAAGCUACAUAGCAGUCUUAACAAGUUUAAUAUACAUUAUCUCAGUGACUUUGAACUUCAGUGUAAGUGCUACUGGUUUACAACAAUCCAACAAUCAGGAUUCUGAUCCACAGAACAAUCAUCGUACUAAUUGGCCCCUUUGGCAUCGGCAUCAAGGCAGAAGAUCAUUCCAUCAUUCUCGAGUGCAUGAAUCACCUCUAAGAGUUGCAAAAAGCCAUGAGUCUGAAAGUAACAUUCACCAUUCUCAUGAUAAACGAUCGUUUGAGCGAAUAGAAAGUGAAACUCUGAAGCCUGUGCAUCAUCAGGUUGAAGAUCAGACGAAGAAGUCAUCUGAAAAAUUAACUGCUGUUGCAGUUGCUGAAUAUUCUGGUACCAGGGCCGUAGCUUAUGCUGGUUACCACGGAGAUCGUGCAACUGUAGGACCGAGAGAUGCUUUUAAUGUGGGAUUUACAACUACAACAGCUCCAUAUAGUAGACACCACACUGGACGACGUGUAUGCACGAGACAAAUUCCAACUGUGAAUCACCACUAUUCAGAUCGACAAAUAAGAUUUUAUUACGCUGAAGUAGCGACAUCAAGCUUUAUUUGUUGUCCGGGUUGGUCACAAGUUACUCGAACAAGCUAUGGCUGUAAUAGACCCACCUGCGUUGCUCCAUGUCACAAUGGUGGAGUUUGUGGUCCUCAUGGGAAAUGCAAUUGUCCCAAAGGUUUCACUGGUAGCCAAUGCCAAAUAGAUGUAGAUGAAUGCAUAACAGAAAAACCUUGUGCACAAAUUUGUAGAAAUUUACCUGGAAGCUAUGAAUGUCAUUGCAGAUAUGGAUUUCAAUUACAGCCAGAUGGUCAAUCUUGUAGGAAAAAUGACAGUGAUGGUACAGCAUUUGAAGCAACAGACUUAGAAAGUGAUUACGACUUAAGUAGCACCACGAAGAGGCCACUUUCAAUGAUUCCACAUGAUACAGAGAAUGAAGUAAAUGAUGGAGACGUCAAUAAAGACUACGAAAUAAUAAUGAAAAGACUUACAAAGUUAGAAAAACAAUUUGCCAGAGGGAAAAGAAAAGAAACUGAAGCAACAGAGUUGAGUAGCAAAGUUAAUCAAGCAGUUGAAGAAGUUGCUGAACUAAGAUUAGCUGCUAAGAACGUUCUACACUUUUUACGAGAAACAUUCGGGCCAGUUCGACAAGAAGUAUAUGAUAUGAAAAAUAAAUUUGAGUUGGAACAAAGAAGAAUUGAUCAUCUAGCUCAACGAUUUGCCGAAUUCGAUCAUAGACUAAAUCUACAACGAAGUCGAGUGAUCGAUGGAUAAUUAUAAAAAGUUUUCCAAAUCAGUAAAUCGACUUAUUAUGAAAUUAAAUAGUUAAGUAUAUAUAAUAUUAAAUUUAAAUGUUUUAUCGUUGAUCAAAACAAUGUAUUAAUGAAUUUUUAAUAAUACACAUAUUUAAAUAUAAGCAAUAAUUAUAUAUUCCAGCAAUGAUGACAUCACUGCCAUG